GCGGGGCGUCCGGACGACUGAAUCUGAACCUCAGAUUACCCUGAGUUUCCGUCGCAGGCUGCGAGGAAAAGCUCUUCGGCUGGGUCCGGGUGUUUGGCGGCGGCGGCUUUAUCCCCGCUCGUCCUCCCCGGGCCCGGAGACACCCCUGCCUCAGUCAUGCUGAGCAGAGUAUGGAAGCAGCUGACUACGAAGUGCUAUCUGUGCGAGAGCAGCUAUUCCAUGAGAGGGUCCGCGAGUGCAUUAUCUCAACACUUCUGUUUGCAACACUCUACAUCCUCUGCCACAUCGCCCUGACUCACUUCAAGAAGCCUGCUGAGUUCACCACAGUGGAUGAUGAAGAUGCCACAGUCAACAAGAUUGCGCUCGAGCUCUGCACCUUUACCCUGGCAGUUGCCCUGGGCGCUGUCCUGCUCCUACCCUUCUCCAUCAUCAGCAAUGAGGUGUUGCUCUCACUGCCUCGGAACUACUACAUCCAGUGGCUCAAUGGCUCCCUCAUCCAUGGCCUCUGGAACCUUGUUUUUCUCUUCUCCAACCUGUCUCUCAUCUUCCUCAUGCCUUUUGCAUACUUCUUCACUGAGUCUGAGGGUUUUGCUGGCUCCAGAAAGGGCGUCCUGGGUCGAGUCUACGAGACGGUAGUAAUGUUGGUGCUCCUCACCCUGCUGGUGUUGGGCAUGGUCUGGGUGGCAUCAGCCAUCGUGGACAACAAUAAGGCCAGCAGGGAGUCACUCUAUGACUUUUGGGAGUACUACCUCCCCUACCUCUACUCCUGCAUUUCCUUCCUUGGGGUCCUGCUGCUCCUGGUGUGUACUCCACUAGGUCUCGCCCGCAUGUUCUCGGUUACUGGGAAGCUGCUGGUCAAGCCCCGGCUUCUAGAAGACCUGGAGGAGCAGCUGUACUGCUCAGCCUUUGAGGAAGCAGCUCUGACUCGCAGAAUUUGCAGUGAGUUGCAGUUCUUCCUAGGCGGGAUGGUGGGCGUCGCUCAGGCAGGGGCAACACCAUCUUCUCUGCCCUCAGAUCCCACCUCCUGCUGGCUGCCUUUGGACAUGGAGCUGCUGCACAGACAGGUCCUGGCUCUACAGACACAGAGGGUCCUGCUGGAGAAGCGGCGGAAGGCUUCAGCCUGGCAGCGGAACUUGGGCUAUCCCCUGGCCAUGCUGUGCUUGCUGGUAUUGACGGGCCUAUCUGUGCUCAUUGUCGCCAUCCACAUCCUGGAGCUGCUCAUCGAUGAGGCUGCCAUGCCCCGGGGCAUGCAGGGUGCCUCCCUGGGCCAGGUCUCCUUCUCCAAGUUGGGCUCCUUUGGUGCCGUCAUUCAGGUUGUACUCAUCUUUUACCUGAUGGUAUCCUCGGUCGUGGGAUUCUACAGUUCUCCACUCUUCUGGAGGCUGCGGCCCAGAUGGCACGACACAGCCAUGACACAGAUAAUCGGGAACUGUGUCUGUCUUCUGGUCCUAAGCUCAGCACUUCCUGUCUUUUCUCGUACCCUGGGACUCACUCGCUUUGAUCUGCUGGGUGAUUUUGGACGCUUCAACUGGCUGGGCAAUUUCCACAUCGUGUUCCUCUACAAUGCAGCCUUUGCAGGCCUCACCACUCUCUGUCUAGUGAAGACUUUCACUGCAGCUGUGCGAGCAGAGCUGAUCCGGGCUUUUGGGCUGGACAGACUGCCAUUGCCUGUCUCUGGUUUCCCCAGGGCAUCUAGGAAGACCCAGCAUCAGUGACCUCCAGAUGGGAGUGGGAGGGAGAAAACUGGACACUGCCAUCUGCUGCCCAGGCCUGGAGUGACACCAAGAGUGGGCGGACCUUAGGACCUGGAAUUUGAGAGGGAUGGGUGGCAGAGAGGAGCUGAGCCCUCUGCACUGUUGCAUAAUCUGAGCCAGAGUUUGGGACCAGGCCCCCCUGCUUUUUCACAUUUAACUAUGGGCCUCAGCAUGGGGUGGGGCUGGGUAACUGGGUCUGGCUCCUGGUCCCAAAUCUGUUUACACAUCAAUCUGCCUCACUGCUAUUGCGGGCCAUGCCCGUAGCCAUGUUUACAUGAUUUGAUGUGCAAUAGGAUGGGGUGGGGACAGGGGAGGGACUGAGCAGGGGCAGACUUGGGAGGUAGAUUGUCUCCUUUUGCCUCUGGCCCAGAAGAACUGAAGCACUGUGCUAUCCUGGAGGGGCUUUGGACCACCAGAGAUAAUGAGGGCAUGGGGAAGAAGAGGCCACAACCAUCAGCAAUAAAGUUGUU